UGGUGAUGAAAAUGAUGCUCUUCACAUGGCUGCUGACCACUCUGCAAGUGAUGGGGAAUGUCCGGCACCCAACCAAGGGAGAGAUGUGCAAGAUCAUGAGCUAGAAAUCUGUACUGCUACUAGGAAUCCUGGGAGUCCCCAGUUAAAUAAUGCUGACAGCAGUGGAUCUGGUGAAGAGGCAAUGCCUGUGGACGAUGAGCAGACUUUUGAAGAUGCACUCCCUGCAACUGAAGGAGUGUCCACUCCUGGGCACAUGUCGCCCACUCCGCACUCUAAACCUGCCACUCCUCUCAAGCAGCAAGGCCUUCUUGGUCAAGUUCGGUCUCCUAGAACACGACGGCAGCGCACAUCAUCUACGUCGCUAUCAGGGACAAACUCAACCACUUGCCGGAGCCGAGAGCCAAUACUGCGGGGCAAGAGGCAAGCCAUAUACACAAGUGGUCGCCCUCCAUGGUAUGAUGCUCAAGGCCAGAUGGUUGAGCCCUUUGUUAUUGGUGUGUGUGGUGGCAGCGCUUCUGGCAAGACUACGGUGGCCCAAAAGAUCAUCGAGGAGCUAGACGUGCAGUGGGUGACUCUGCUCUCCCUUGACAGCUUCUAUAAGAUUCUCUCGCCCAAACAACACGAAGAAGCCGAGCGUAACGAGUACAACUUUGACCAUCCCGACGCCUUCGACUUCGAGCUGGUGAUCAAGACGCUGAAGCGCCUCAAGGAGGGCAAGAAGGUUGAGGUCCCCAUCUACAACUUCCUCACACACAGAAGAGAAGCUAAAACUAAAACCAUGUAUGGUGCCAACGUCAUCAUCUUUGAAGGGAUUUUAGCGUUUUACUCUCCGGAGCUUGUUAAGCUGCUGGACAUGAAGGUGUUCGUGGAGACUGACAGCGACGAGCGUCUGGUGCGCCGCCUCACGCGCGACAUCAGCAGACGCGGACGAGACCUAGACGGCGUACUGAAGCAAUACUUCAAGUUCGUCAAGCCUGCCUUCGACUACUACAUCGCUCCCUCCAUGGUUCACGCGGACAUCAUCGUGCCGCGGGGCGGGGAGAACGAGGUCGCCAUCAACCUCAUCGCGCAGAACGUCAUGACGCAGCUCACGCAGCGAGGCUUCAAGCUGCGCGAGAAGCUGGCCCACGUGAACUUCAGUGAGGCGCGGCCGUGCAGCCUGCACCUUCUGCCGUCCACGCCCCAGGUGCGAGGCCUGCAUACUUUCAUCCGCAACAAGGAGACGCCGCGAGACGAGUUCAUCUUCUACAGCAAGCGCCUCAUCAGGCUGGUCAUCGAGCACGCCCUCACGCUGCUCCCCUUCAGGGACGUGUGCGUGGACACCCCGCAGGGCGUGCCGUACACAGGUAAGCGCAUCGCCACGGAGCGUCUGUGCGGCGUGUCCAUCCUGCGUGCCGGGGAGACCAUGGAAGGAGCUCUCUGUGACGUCCUCAAGGACGUGCGCAUCGGCAAGAUCCUCAUCCAAACCAACCAGGAGACGGGCGAGCCUGAGCUGUACUAUCUGCGCCUGCCGAAGGACAUCAAGGACUACCAGCUGUUUGUGAUGGACGCGACGGUGGCCACUGGAGCGGCCGCCAUGAUGGCCAUCAAGGUACUCCUCGACCACGACGUACCGGAGGACAACAUCUCCCUCUGUUCGCUGCUCAUGACUGAACAAGGUGUGCACAACAUAGCGUACGCUUUCCCCAAAGUGAAAAUCGUGACGACCGCCAUCGAUCCGAGCGUCAACGACAAAUUCUACAUUGUCCCUGGCAUCGGAAAUUUCGGCGAUCGCUACUUCGGCACCGAGCCUUCAGAGGAAGACUAGUCAUUCUAGUCUUCAGAGGAAGACUAGUCAUUCUAGCCCUCAGAGGAAGACUAGUCAUUCUAGUCUUCAGAGGAAGACUAGUCAUUCUAGUCUUCAGAGGAAGACUAGAAUGGAGGAGUAACUUCGCCAUUUGGAUGAUCUCUGUUCUUUUCUGUUUGUUUGAUUUGUUUGCAAAAACUCGAAACGACCCCCUAUGGUCAGCACUCUCUGGAACAAAUAUGUGAUGAGUUGAUCGUUAUCUCCGUAAUGAGUAGCAUCAUAUUCAUCAUCUUAUGUCCUCAGUGAGUUGUUUUCCCCAGAGUGUGAUGCUCCAUGCCUACUUGUAUUGCGCAAAGUUCCCAACACUUUUGAUAAGUGGCCUGAAUCUAAGCGUAAUCAAUGUUAUCUCAAAUAUAUUUAAAUGGAAACUAUGAAUUAGUCUGCUUUAGAAAUCAGCCCCAAAGUCUCCUAAGUUGAUACACUCGGCGAACCUCUUCCUACAACCUUGCGCUUCGCUCGAUAUCUCCUUUACUCAACUGAUUGUUUGAAAUAUUGCCGGCCGAUCAUAUACCGGCAAUAUCUUCCUGCCUAUUAGGAUUAAUGGAUAGUUGCUUUGCCUCCUGCUCACAUUCUGUUAUAUCAGAGGCGACAAGCUUUAUAACUCUAAAUGAUUUGCGGCAGUUUUAUUUAUGCAAAAAUGCAAAACCAAUUUAUGUCACGCACUAGUUACUGGCCGAAGAUUUUCCCCGUCACUUUGAUUUUUUUUGUGUAGCUUAGUAGCUGGGUUGUGCUGGCUGCGCUGCCUUGCGGUGUUUGAGGUGCAAUAAUGUUAAGCAUUCAAGCGACCAUCUCGUGUACUGACAGACAUGUUGGCAAUCAUUACUCGUAUAGAGGAGGUCUGCUCUCACCGAAUGCUAGUGACCUAAAUAAUGCUACUUAAAGUAUUGCUAAUGUAUUAAGUAAGUGUACGAGCUGACUAAAAGCAAACGAUGAAAAACAAGGCGUCGAUUUCAACGGUAAAGGCCCAAUGUAUGUUAAAAGACGAACUUGUUUGGGUAAUGAUUUCUUAUUUGUUUUGUUGCAUUGAAUUUAUCAUUUUAUGGGAGUGUGUAGCGGUUUUAGAAGGCGUUCUGUUAUGUAUGCCCCUGUAGCUGUAGUAUAGCGCGAAGUUAGUCUUCUAUUAACUUAUCUUAAGGUAUUUGAAGAGGCUGCAGCUCUGAAGGAACCGUCACGCUGAAUUUACUCACUUGUCAUCGGGCCAAUCAUUGCCUAACUAUUGGCUCUCCUACAGCAAGUGAUUUGCAUUGCUAUUAUUGGCAGCCGGAGAGCCCGUGGCUGCACUUGACAUUAAACGUUUCUGUUAGAUUUUCUUUGGCUGUCGUAUAGCGAAAUGUUUUUCAUGCUUUCAGACAUGAAUAUUUGGGGAGUUGGUUACUCCGCGCUGAAGGGAAGUAUAGAGUCUCUGUUCCUAGUCGCUAAAUGCUUAUAUUUAACCAACUUUCAUUUGCUUCUGGAUUUAAUUGUUUGUUUUUUAAGUCCAGUAGCAAUUUGCUUCGUUUUUUGCAUUCAUCAUGAAUAUUUUUAUGAGCACUGUUUCAUCCUCACGAUCACCGUGGCUCCUGUCUGUCCUAAAAUUAUUUGUUCUGGAUUGAAUGCCUGCUAAGUAUCAUGUAUAGUUAGUAAAAAUAGAGUUUCUUGAUGCUUUGAGUUCAAGAAACGAGGUUGUGUACUACAAAUGAUGACUUAAGUGGCCCCUCUAGAAUAAUGUUAAUUUCAUUUUUCAUUUCUUCCACCUCAGCUCCUCUGUGACACGAGUCGCAAACCCAAUGUAUUGUUAGCUGUUGUGUUAUCUCUAAUAAAUGGAGUUUUAAAAUUA